AUGCUGCCGGCGGAAGAGCUGCUGACGGCGGAAGAGAUGCUGGCGACGGACGAGAUGAUGCUGCCGGCGGCGGACGAGAUGUGCUGGCGAGAGACAUGCUGUCGGCGGAAGACCUGCUGGCGACAGUACAAGAGAGGUACUGGCGGGAGAACAGAACCGAACAGAAGGCAGAAUCGAUGCCGCUUUUGUGCCUCAUCACUUGACCUCAAUUACGCUCUUGUUCUUCACUCCUCUUCUCUCCUUCCUCGAAAUCACGUCAAGGCACCCACCGACACGUCAAAGCCUCGCGCCUCCUCCCACGAGGACAUCACCGCGCCCCGCCGCACCCUCGCGAGCCUUCAGACUCAGCAGCAGGAGAACCAGCGCGCACUGGCGGCCGCGAGUAGAAUCGUCUGGAGUGAUGUUGGUGGGAAUGGGAAGCCAUUCGGAGGCGGCUAG